UUUAAAAUUUAAUAAGGGGUUUGUGUUUAAUUUUGUUAAAUUUUUAUUCAAUUUUUUCUCUUAUUUAUUCAGUUUUAUUGUCGGAAAUGAGUCAUUAUUGAAAUUUAAAUUGGUUUUUGGUGACAAAUUUAAGAAAAAAAUUUUUGGGGGAAUUUUUGGGGGGAAUUUUUGGGGGGAAUUUUAAAAAAUAAAAAUAGGGGAGGAUUUCUGGGAAGAAAAAAAAAUAAAUCGAAAAAUAAAUAGGAGGAAAAAUACACAAAUAAAUAUUAAUUUGUAUUGCUCUUUACUCCCAUUAUUUUAUUAUUAAUUUUUACCAACGUAAUCUAACUCAGUUUUCUGAUUAAUUCUGACGCUGCGCGACCUGCUCUAAUCAUAUAAAGACCAGUUUUAUAUAAAUAUUUAUUUAAGAAAAUUAAUUAUUCAUUAUACUGUUUUGUUUACAUUUUUAUUUUGUUUGUCGGCGAAUUUCCCCCUCCCUUCAAUUUUUAUUAAUUUUAUUGUGUAACGGAACACUUUUUUGUUCUUCAAAAUUUAAAUUCUGGUUAAAAUCUGUUUUAAUUAUUUAAAAUGUUUUGUUUUGAUUUGUUCUGAUAUUAAUUCUGAAAUUAAUUCUGAUUUUAGAAAUUUAUUCUGGUUAUUCGGGUACUUUUUCUGAUUAAUUCUGAUAUUAAUUCUGAAAUUAAUUCUGAUUUAAAAAGACUUUUUCUGGUAUUGAUUAUAGUGUUAUUGUUCUGAUGUUAAUUUUUGGGUUAUUCUGAAAUUAAGUUUGAAAUUUAUUCCGAUUUUUCUGUUAUUUGUUCUGGUAUCAAUUCUGAUAUUAAUUCUGAUAUUUGUUCUUAUUUGUUUUUAAUUAAUUCUGAUUUUAUUUCUGAUUUAGUAUUUUAAUAUUCUUUGUUCAAUACUAAUUCUCAUUUCCAUAUUAAAAAAUUCACAGGAACCCACGCCUUUCUAAUUUUUUAAAAUUUCUUUUUUAACUUUUACAUUUCCAAAAAUAAUCUUUCUACAUUUCUUCUAUUUUUAUCAAAAUAUUUUGUGGAGGUCAUAAAGCCGUUUUUUGAUCUGUCAAAAAAAUGAUAAAAAUAGCGGAACAGAUUAUCAUUUUUGCAGAUAUUUUUUUUAAAUCUUUCUUUUUUAUUGUUCUCUUUUAUUGUUAUUGACAAGGACGCUUUUGGUAGCUUUUGAUUUUUUGAGAAUAUUCUUUUGAAAAAAAGGAAAGAAGGGGGAGUUAAUUUGUUUUUGGUUAUUAUCUCUCCUUUAAACAGCCCAAAUAGGCGCGCGACCAUAACGGAGCAAAGCCAUAACUUGCUGAAAAAUUUCUGACCCUUAUUAAUUUUGGUACCAAUCUCUUUAGCUCAAUGAGAGGAAUCGUUUAAUACCAAAUUUGUUAAGAUUCGGAAAGCUUGAAGCAAGUUAUGGCAUUGCGCCGUUAUGGCGCGCGCCUAAAUGGGCUGUACCCCACCUCUCUUUUGUCACCUAAUAAUUUUGGUGUUUAGCAAAUUUGUGUGUUGUUGAUAUAAAAUGAUAUUGAGACUGCGAGAAAAAAGGGAAAAAAAAGUUUUUUUUCCAAAUCAAUCAAAUUUAGAGAAAGAAUAGACCGCGCAUUUAAUUUUUACGUCGUCCACACACACAAACAAUUUUACCCAAAAUUAUCGGUUUUCAAAAUUCCUUUUUUCAUUUUCACAUUUUGAUGAAAGAAAAAGUUUUUGAUUUUUUUCUCCAUUUUUGAUUUAAGAAAAAAAAAUUUUUUCGUUGAGAAUUAAAUUUAGGAGGAUUUUUAGAGGGAUUUUUGAACGAGUUUUAGAGGGAUUUUUAGGGAGCACUCAGUCUUGGCACCCAAACGACCAAUUAUUUUUAUUGGGAGACACUGAAAUUUUGGCACCCAAACGACGAAUAUUUUUUAGCGGGAGACACUUAAUUUUUGGCACUCAAACGACCAAUUAUUUUUUGUGGGAGGCACUCAAUUUUUGGCACCCAAAUGGGUUGUCGAAAUGUUUUGAGGCCAAAAAAUAAUGGCAAUGAUCGCAACUAUUCACCCCUACAAAAACGAAAAUGGAAUGUCUUACAAUCAAAGAAGAACAAGCUCUUCAACUACUUCUACUGAAAGAGAACAACAACCUUAUACUAGUGGAAUUUUUCGAAUAGAAGAUGUAACUGAUGAUCCAAGAGUAAGUAUAACAGGUUUAUUUUUUAAAUCCAAGUAUUUGGUCGUUCCUUCUGGGGUUUUUUCUUUCCUUUUGUUCAGUUUUCGUGGAACCGUUGGUGCGUUCUUUCUCUUCCUUUCCGUUCACCCUCAUUUUUUAAUUUACGGGGAGGGUCGAAACCUGAGGUAAGAACUAGAGACCGGACUGAGAGUGUUGUACGGGAUAUCUCGAAAAAUCUUCAUAACUGAGAUUGUUCAAGAUCCCGUCUCGGUCCUAUCUCUUUCUAGAAAUAUCCGUUAACUUAUUUGUACCUGGUCUUUUGAGAUUAAAACGACUCCACUAAUGAUCGAGAUUUUUGAAAAGUCUAGGCCGGAUCCUGGGCCUGUAGUCCAGGAAAAACCCAGGAGGGUCAAAAAAAUGCCUGGGCUCUGGGUACAGGAAAAAGCCAGGCCUUGGUCCAAACCCAUCUCGAUCACUAGACUUCACAUACCAAAAAAUGCUGGAUUAUCCAAGUUGUUUCCUCUCUUUUAUGGCCUAUACCUUUCCUAUCCUCUCUUCCUGUAGGUCCUCUCGUAUAGACUGUUUAGCCCAAAUAGCCUCCAAUGAAUUUUUUGACCAAAUACUUGGUCUGUCUUCCU